UAUCCGACGAAUACACACAAACACCAAGAAAACGUUCCUUUUGAUCUGCAAUCUCGUUUUCUUCCCCGAUCACUUCCCUUCAAUUUUUCUAGGGUUUGAUCUUGUGCCCUGAAGGAAAGGAUCAAACUCGAUAUAAUUGGUAACUCCGAUUUGUUUCCGUUUUGAUUUUUGAUUCUCCGAAUCAAUUAUUGUUUUUCCCUUAGGAAGAUUUCGAUUCUAAUGACAAGCGCGAUAGCCACUGGGUUGCACGAGUUUCAUUUGGCCUCAAGAAGAGCCGAAGAAGCAGCGUCGAGGCGGUUUCAAGCGGUACAAUGGCUUCAAUCUGUAGUGGGUCAACUCGGUAUCUCGGAUCAGCCAUCGGAGAAAGAGUUUGUUUCUUGCUUGAGAAACGGAAUGGUUCUUUGCAAUGCUAUCAACAAGAUUCACCCAGGAGCCGUCUCCAAGGUUGUGGAGAGCUACUCGCAUAUGCAGUCGUUUAACAGAGAGUAUCAGCUUCCUCAAGCUUAUCAGUAUUUCGAGAACGUUAGGAACUUUCUUGUGGCGUUGGAGCAGUUGAGGCUUCCUGGAUUCGAAGCUUCUGAUCUCGAAAAGGAUAAUCUUGAGGCUGGAUCAGUGAGCAAAGUUGUGGACUGUGUCUUAGGACUCAAGGCGUAUCAUGAGUGCAAGAUGACUAGCAGUGGUAAUGGGCUCUACAAGCACGUCAAAACGCCGACGUUUCAGCUCUCUGCGACUAAGGUUCUUCCGGUUAGUGCGUCCAAAACGUCUAGGCAUUUGGACAGAAACGAUUGUGCAGAUGGUGAAUCUGAUCAACUCAAAGUGAUAGCCAAGUUGGUUGCCGAUCACAUUUUCAACUCCAAGGAAAAUAUUGAUGAGAAUCUUAUCUCACUUGAGAAUGACAACGAGAGCUCUACAGUAAAUUUCCAGAAAAUCAUCUCAAGAUUCCCAGAGCUUCAAUCAAUCUUCAAGAAUUUGCUUAACGAAGGCACCCCGAAACCAUCAGACGUAAAACCUAUGCCCCUGGAGGAGUUACCUGUCGGUGAAGAAGACAAGUCCCGCACAAGUCUCCUACACACGACUAAAUACAACCAUAAGCGUUUACUGAAAACACAAGAAAAUGAGCUCGCGGUUCUCAAGACUUUGUUCAUACAAACGAAGCAGGAUUUUAAGGAAUUUCAGGCUCAUCUGCAAAGAGAUCUGAUGGAACUAGGGAAUCAGAUGCAAGAGAUGUCAUCAGCAGCUCAAGGAUAUUACAAAGUGGUGGAAGAGAACAGAAAGUUAUAUAACAUGGUGCAAGAUCUUAAAGGAAAUAUAAGAGUGUUCUGCAGAGUUAGACCGAUCUUUAAUAGCGAAAUGAGAGGUGUAAUAGAUUACAUAGGAAAAGAUGGCUCUUUGUUUGUUCUUGAUCCAUCAAAGCCUCAAAAAGAUGCAAGAAAAACUUUUCAGUUUAAUCAAGUGUUUGCUCCAACAGCAACUCAAGAUGACGUAUUCAGAGAAACACAGCCGUUAAUCAGAUCAGUAAUGGAUGGUUACAAUGUCUGCAUUUUUGCUUACGGACAAACCGGGUCAGGAAAGACAUACACAAUGAGUGGUCCUCCGGGGAGAUCAGCUACUGAGAUGGGAAUAAACUAUCUAGCUCUCAAUGAUCUCUUUCUGAUAUGUGAUAAAAGAAAGGACAUGAUGACGUAUGAGAUAUACGUCCAAAUGGUCGAAAUCUACAAUGAACAAGUCCGAGACCUUCUUGCUGAGAAUUCCUCAUGCACCAAAUUAGAUAUCAGAACUUGCUCAAGCGAGGACGAUGGCUUAAGUCUCCCAGAUGCUACUAUGCAUUCUGUGAAUUCCACCAUGGAUGUCCUUCGGCUUAUGGAGGCUGGUGAGGUGAACAGGGCUGUUAGUUCCACGUCCAUGAAUAAUCGAAGUAGUCGGUCUCACAGUAUUUUUAUGGUGCACGUACGUGGGAAAGACACAUCAGGAGGUACCAUCCGGAGUUGCUUGCAUCUGGUGGAUCUUGCAGGGAGCGAGAGAGUAGAUAAAUCAGAGGUCACAGGAGACAGACUCAAGGAAGCACAGUAUAUCAACAAAUCUCUUUCUUGUCUCGGAGAUGUGAUUUAUGCAUUGGCUCAGAAGAACUCUCACAUCCCAUACCGAAACAGCAAGCUGACUCUUCUACUCCAAGACGCAUUAGGAGGUCAAGCCAAGACACUGAUGUUUGCUCAUCUGAGUCCUGAAGAAGACUCCUUUGGGGAAACAAUCAGUACAUUAAAAUUCGCGCAAAGAGUUUCCACAGUCGAACUUGGCGUUGCUCGUGCACACAAAGAAACUAGAGAGGUUAUGCAUCUGAAAGAGCAGAUUGAAAGCCUGAAGAAGGCUUUGGGUUCUGGAGAAUGGAACAGUGUUUCCUACAGCGGAGCAAAGGAGAUAAAAUCUCCUUUAAGCAGGCCGAUCCCAACAACAGAGAGAGCUCCUCCACGUCUGAGAAGAUUAAGCAUCGAAAGCUGUAGCAACGCAAAGGCAAACCUUGAAGAUAGAAAAGGUGUUAAGUCACCUUUGGCCUCUCGUCGUGCACAAAGAUUGAGUAUGGAGGGUCCAAGGUCCUGUAAAAAGGAAGAAAAUAGCAAAGGAGAUUCCAACACGGAGGUGCAGCAGGUCAAGAGCCCACUGAGUCCUCCUGUAAGCUCUUAUCGUACCAGAGCAGUGAAAGUAGAUGGCAGAACAAGCAUUCCUCAACUCCAGCUGUUACAGACACCUGUUAAAGAAGAUGCCAGAAACGAGAUACAGUUUAUUUCUGUGGAUUCUAGGACAAAUGGAAAAAGUUCACACAUACGGAAGUCACUGAGGACAAUCGGAAAGCUGAUCAAUGGAUCAGAGAAGAGAAAGGAGAACAUUCCUGCAAAUCCACGGUCACCUCUUGGAGUCUCAAAUAAUUUCAGUGGUGUUAAGUCGCCACAAGCAAGCAACGCUAAAACACUGAGAAGACAAUCACUCACAGGUGUAAUGCCAUCAGGACCUGAAAGAUCUCGUAGAUCCUCAAUAGGAGGAAAUCCAAUUGAGAGUGGUGAAAGUGGUGUAAGAACUGCAAAGACACCUCCACCGAUACGUUCAUCAUCAAAGAUAGUGAAGAAGAAGGCGUAAUGAGUAUUGAAGAAUAACACGUUCUCUUGCUUUGGCUCGAAGCAAAGUUUCUCACUGAAGUCUUCUUUUUCAG